AUGUACGAUGACAAGGCUGAUAGCUCAAGUGAUGCUGGAGAAGCUAGUAAACCUGCAGAGAUGCCUACGCAGAGAAGAAAACGGAUCUCCACCAUGCCCAAUCUUGUCAAACCCAGAGCUGGACCUUCAUCUGCUCAGCGUUCAUCAAAACCGCAGAGGCGAGCAUCACAGGCUCCUGAUGGCACUGCUGCACUUCAGAAGGAUUCCUCUCCAUCAGAAAAGAGUAACGUUGAAAGCUCCUUGAAGUCUCCUAUGCUGCCUGAAAAGAAAACACCUGUGCCACAAGUGCCACAGUUUUCCCCACUAAAAAAAUCGGUGAACAAAGAGCAAACUGUAGGUGUAGCUGCUCAAAAAAAUGAUGAUACCUUGCAGAAGAAUGUACCCUCCCCACUCAAGGAGAGGCCAACACAGGAAAGAUCAGGAGCACAAGAGGAAAAGCUACCUACGAAACCUGUUCCUAUAAAAGAGAAACGGAUGUGUUCUGACCGUGAAAGGAUCCUCAAAGCUCGGAAGUUAAGAGAAAUGCUUAAAGAAGAGCUGAAGAAAGAGCGGAUGUUGAAACACAGGCCUCCAGUAAUUGAAGGACGUUCUCCACCAGAUCGUUCUAAAAUGACCAUGAGAGACUUGAUAUACUAUCUGCCAGAAAACAAUCCUAUGAAGUCUUCAUUGGCAGAAGAAAAGAGAACAGAAAAAAAUUCUGCACUGGGUCAAAUGAAAGAACAGGAAGAGAAAAGUUCCCCUGACCAUGAAGAGGAAGAUGAGGAGGAAGAAGCAGAGAAUGGGGAGGAGAGUCAGGACGGUCCACUUCUAGUUCCUCGUGUGAAAGUAGCAGAAGAUGGUUCAAUUAUUCUGGACGAAGAAAGUUUAACCGUAGAAGUUCUAAGAACAAAAGGUCCAUGUGUUGUAGAAGAAAAUGAUCCCAUCUUUGAGCGUGGCUCUACAACUACAUAUUCCAGCUUCAGGAAAAGUUUUUACACAAAACCAUGGUCAAAUAAAGAAACAGACAUGUUCUUUUUAGCUAUCAGUAUGGUAGGAACAGACUUCUCCUUGAUUGGACGGCUGUUUCCUCAUAGAGCAAGAGCAGAAAUUAAGAACAAGUUCAAACGUGAGGAAAAAGCUAAUGGAUGGAGGAUAGACAAAGCUUUCAAAGAAAAGCGGCCUUUUGAUUUUGAAUUCUUUGCCCAGCUGCUUGAGAAGGUCUUAGCAGAUGAGGAAAAGAGGAAGCAAAAGACUGUUAAAAGCCAGAAGCCAAAGGAAAAGAAGCCAUCAAGGCCUCGGAAGAAGCCAAAAGCAAAAGCUGCCAACACAGAAGCUGCUAAUGAUCAAGAUGAUCUUCAGGAAGCCAGAAUUUCUGAUGCAGAAACAGAAGCAGAUGCUGUGACGGCUGAGAAAGAAAAUGAGGAAUCUUUGGGCAUUUCUGAACAGGCAGAAGAACAGGUUGCGUUAGAGCCAGCGUUAGCAAAAAAGAAGAGAAAGAAGAGAAAAGAUGAUCUUGAACAGGAAGUGGAGAAUCUUCCAGAAGAAAUGGCUGUCCCUUCAAAAAUUGCUGAAGAAGGGAAAUCCUCUAAGAAAACAGAAAAAAAAAUGGUAUGUGAUGCAAACAAUGAUGGUCGUACUACCUGUAGAGAAGAAUUGGAUAGUGUUAUUGAAGGAAAACAAGAUGAGACAGCUGUUACAGAGGACGAGAGAUCAGAGUCCUGUUUAUCAGUGGAUGACAUAAUGGAGAGAGAAAGUGACGUCAAUUUAUGCAGCUUUGAAGAUAGCAAUGAUGUUAUACUAGAAACAGAAUCUGCUAAACUGAGAACCCUAAAUAUUAGAGAUGAUACAUCACAGGAAAGCCAGGUUUCAGAGUUACAGGUUCCAAAGAUUAGAAGCAAAGAAAGACAAUCUGAAGAAACUAGAGAAACAAAGAACAAAGACAUACAUGACUUACUUAGACCAGAUGAAAAGCAGAGUGCAUCAGAAAGUGAUUCUCAGUCUGAGAUCAUGAAAACUGAGAAGCCAGCAGACAGAGGGCAUUUGCAAAGACCUAAACCCAAUUCAGUAGGAUCAUCUGGAAGGAGAGAAGCAGCAACCCAAGAAAAAAUGGAGGCCAAGACUUCCUCUCCAAACCUUGUGAAUACAGAUGAGAAGUGCUCUGAGGAAGACAGUAGAAGAAACAGAAAUGAAGCCACGGAAGUGGAGAACAAGUAUUUGGAUGCUAAAUCUGAAAAACCUGAAAAAACUGUAAUUGCAAAGGCAAUAGUUAGAGGAUGUCGACAGAGAUUUAAGCCUAAUGUUGCAAGAGCAUCUGGAAGGAAAGAAGAGCCUGGAAAAGAUGCAGGAAAUGAUAAAAUGUCCCAUCCACAGCCUAAGGGAGAAACCGAAAAGAAUACUGAUCAAAGCAAUAGGUCUGAUGCUACCAGUGAAGAAGCUGCAGAAAAAGAUGAUAAAGUCCUGGAGACAGUGUCUCAGUCUAAUGAAACAGCUGCUUUCCAAGAAGACAGCAAACAGAGUGUGCUGAAACCAACACCUCUGAAGAGAGGCAGAGUGCAGAGACCAAAACCAAAUCUAGGAAGAACUGUUGCAAGGCAAAAAGACUUGACAGAUGAAAAAGUUCCUGAAGAGGAGAAGACUGAAGGUGGAGAAGUAGAAAAAGCUGUUAUACCCCAUAGGGAUGAAAACAAUGAUCCAUGCCUCAAAAACGUAAGCAGUGGUCCCACGAAAAGUCCUCAGAAGCAGAGCUAUGAAAGUGAAAAGGGGUUGUCAGAUGUCUUGAAACAGGUUUCAGAUUUCAAUACAGGGGAAUCUGGUCCUCGGAAGGAAGAUGAGAAAGCUGUUGUAUCAUCAGCUCGGCCACUGAGGAGUCGAUUCCAGAGACCAAAGCCAAAUUUAAGAACGACAACUGGUAGAAGGGAGGUGCUGGAUGUAAAUAAUAAAGGUGUAUCACAGAAAGAUACCAACAAGGCAGAGAGUUUGACACAGUGUGACAGUGAAGGUAGCAUCCUUCCUGAUACAGAUAAGGCAGGAAAAUAUGAAGUCCUGCAACCACUGGAAUCCUUAGGAAAGAGGAAGUCAUUUGGCUCUCAGGAGGUUUCUGAGAGGCGGAGCUGUGAGUCCCCAAAGACACUUUCAAGAUCAGAGGAUGGUGAACUCAAGUUUUGUCUACCUGAAAUUAACCAAGAUGACACCUCAAGUACUAAUGCAGACAUUGAUAGCAAAAAUACCACUGAAGAAGAAAGUAAACAAACACCUCUUCAGCCUGUCCAGUUAGUGCGGAGCAGAUUCCAGAGGUACAAGCCAAACUUGGGAAGAGCUAUUGGAAAGAAGGAAUUACAAAUAUCAGAAAAUGAGAGGGAGAAACAGCCUGAAGCAGAGCAGUUAGUAUUGCAAAAAGAUGAGUCUGCCAAUACUGUCAUGGGUGAAAAUGAAGCUGUAUUGUGUCAAGCAGAUGUAUUGAGCAAUGAGGAACAGGAACAGCAAGAGGUGCCUCAGGUGCCCUGUAUUUCUGAAAACAUACUGUGUGAACGAAGCAGUGGUGAAAAAUCCACUUCCAAAGAAGGCAAGCUGGGCGCUCUGAAACCAGGACAAUUCAUAAGGAAUGGAUCUCAGAGAACUAGACGAAACCUAGAAAGAGCAUAUAACGAAAAAGAAUCUCCAGUGGCACAAAAACUUGCUGCUCCACUUGAGGAAGAAGCAAAUAAAGGAGAGAGUCUUCCUGUGACAGAAGUGUCUGAGGAACCUCUUUCCUCAAAAGAUGACAUGGAAGCAUUGUUGUUUGUGGGGAAUUUGGCCAAGAAUGAUAAUCUAGACAUAAAUCCAAAAAGUAUGAAGUCAGAAACACUCUGUUCCUCUAAAAAAUCACCUAACUGCCACAGCAAGGGAGAACACGAAGGUCUAUCUACAGACGCUAUAGGAAGCGUUCAGGAUACCAUAGCAAGGUCCAAUGAUAAAUUAAGUUCUGGAGAAGAAAGUAAAAAGAGUGAUACAAAACCUUUGCAUCAAGCGAGGGAACCCCUCUGGAACCCAAAGUCAAACCUAAUGAGAGUUACUAGAAAAAGAGUUUAUGCUGAAGAAGGUGAAAACAGAGAAGAGGACAAUGCUGAGAAUAGAAAUGCAGAAGUGUGUUUGGUGUUAGAAAAAACAGGUGUAUCGAUGCAAAACUCCAGUAACAUAGUGGAAGAUGCAUCCUUCUCAGAGGCUACAAGAAAACACAGUUUUACAGACUCUGUUGAAGAAACAUCUUGUAAAAGAAUCAGGCAGGAUAGUAGACUCCAGUCUCCAGAGAUAUCAUCAGAGAGUGAGAGUCAAGUAGAACAAGAAGAUGAUUCUCAGCUUUCUACCUCUCAGGAAAAGAAUUCAGAUGAUCUCACAAGAAGGCAGUCCAGAAGGCCAUCAAAACGGAUAGCACUGCCAAAACAUGUCUCGAAACUAAGGACUGCUUCUUCUGCCUCUGAAUGUGAGGCUGAUUGCAGUGAGAAGGGGAAUCAAAGGCAAGAAGUUAAACUGAGUGUCACUAGAGGCAAAAAUUUGAAAACUACACAUAGGAAGAAAUCUGGGAAGGAGCACAGAAGUUCAAAGACAGCCUUGGUGACCCUCUGGGCUUUUCAAGAGGAGGAGGAGGAGGAGGAGGCGGCAGAUGACUUUGAGCCUGAUGAUGAAGAUGAAUGCUUUGCACCGGAGGAAGUAAACAAAGCUCCAGUGUUUGUUCCUAUAGGUCUUCGAUCUCCAAAACCUGUUCCUGUUCAGAUAGAGGAAACCAUGGAGGAGCUGGAAAUACCUGUGAAUAUACCAGAUGUGCAGGUGCCUACUGAUGUUGAAAGUCUCUCUCAUGCAUCUGUCCAACCGGUGGUACAGAAGGAGGAAAAAGAAAAAACUGUACAUGAAAAUCCAGAGGUGGACAAAGGAAUUAAUGAUGGAAGCACGGAAGCUGCCAUGACUUUACUUGCAAUGGGUGAUCCUAUGUUCCAGUUAAAAACAAGCACUGAAGAAUGGACACACGUGUUACCUGCUCAACAUGAGUUGGAGAUGGCCAAUAGCCUUGUAACCCAUGCCUACUGCAAACAAAAUAGAACUCCUAGUCAGUAUUUACUUUCUUCAGACACUUCUGCUAAGGAAUUGAUCCCUUCUGAGGAUGGAAGCAACAUUAAUGUAGAGGAUCAAAGCACUGGCACAAGAAUAGGUGUCGAAGAGUAUUUUGAGAAAAAUGCUACGGAUACCAGUGAUAGCUCUUUGCCUACGGUGAAUAGUAUGAGACUGACAAGAGGCAGACUCCUGACGCCUGAGCCAGACUUUGGAGUAUUGAGGUCCAACGAAAACAUAAUUCAGAAGUCACUUAAUACAAAUGUACUUGUGGAACAACUAGAGCAAGUUCAAAGUGAGUCUACAACCCUGAGAGGUACUGCAGAAAUGCAGAAGGUGGAACUAGAACAGGUCAGACCAGCUGCAGGUGCUUCUUCAGUUCUUCAUGAUUUUGCAGUUAGAAGUAUGGAACUUUCCAAGUAAGUAGACAAAACUGAGAGGUAGGAAGAAGAGAUGACAGAUGCUCGUGGAAAUUCAGGAGAUUUAAGACCUGUAACUGCAUCACCAAAACCUGAAAAAUCUCACCUUGGACUAGAGGAUUAUCCAAAUAAAACUUCUGUGGAUGGACUUCCUGGGCAAAAUCCUUGUCCUCCUGAGCACAAUAUAUGCACAAUCAACUUUACUCAGAAGGAAGCUUGUGCUCAGGAUUCUCAACAACUAUGUGUAAGCAGCACAGAAGAAACUUCAGUAGUGAACAAUGAUCAUAGAUGUCCAGAGGAGGAACAGACAUUCAUUUUAACAUUGGUGGAAAUCCCAGCUGACUCAAAAGAGUUUGAUGCAUCUGCUUUGCUGGAACAAACUUCAGAACCUUUACUCCCAGCCCCAAUACUUAUCAGCCCAAUAAAUGCAAGUGAAACAAGCAUGACUGAAGUGGAGAGCAUUGGAUCCUUGACAACUGCACCUGAUGAAUUUAGUGCACCUUUAAACAGCAGUAUGGAAACCAAACAACUAGAGAGUGCAUCAGUAGAGGCCAUUCCAAAUUUGCAGACAACUCAAAAAAGGUCAGCUGCUGAGCUUGAAGAGAAUGAUUUUCCUCCUGCCAAGAAAACUCUGUCUACUGUUGUAGUGGAAGGUAACUUGGAAACCACUUACAAGGGUUAUUCAGUUAAAUCCACAAAUGCUCUAGGGAUAGCUUCUGGGAGUCCUUUUCAAGAAACAGAGGCUUCAGCAAAGGAAAAAGUACUUACCUCUGUGUUGGUGUCUGAGUCUGUGUCACCACUGGCUGAGAGCAGCCAGCCUGAGCCUUUGGAGAACUUAGGGAAAGCACCACUUGAGAAUUCAGCAUCCAAACAGGAAGAGGAGGUGAUGUCCAGAUUAACCUCUAACAGAAAAGCAGAAAUAAGUGGGCAAGGAAAGCAGGGGGAUGUGCAUGAAUCUGGACAGUUAGAAUUUUCUGGAAGCCCAGCAUCAUCUUCAAAAACUCCAUUACUCAGGGGUGGACGAAAACCAUUGGGAUUUUUAUCUUUAAUUUGCAAAAAAAGUAGUUCUGAAUCUGCAGAAGAUACCAAAGGGAAUAGCGGGAAGAUCCAAAAACCUCGAAUUGUGACUCCAAAGCGAAGUCUUAAAAAACCCACUCCAUCCACUAAGGAUGAUAGGGAAUCUUGUUCCCUUCCCUCUACAAGCACAUCAUCAUCUGUGGAGUAUGAGAAUGUAGCUGCUGAUGCUGCAGUUACGGUUCCAAGUAACAAGCCAUGUGAGAAGCCACCCCUCUGUGCUAAAGAUCAAGACAAGGAAGAAGAGCCAACCAGAAUCUCUGAGUAUUUUUUCAGUGACAUCUUUAUGGAAGUGGAUGAUUCAGAAUAGCAAAUUUGCUUUAUAAAAACCUGGGAUCUGAUAGUAUAAUGCCACAAGACAAGAAUAUUUUUAAGAAGUUCUGAUUUGUUCUAUUGUUCAUUAUGCCACACUUACUGUCAGCCAAGCUGUUGUUAAUAAAUUCCAUAAAGAUGAAAUGGAUUCCUUCUGAAGUGACCUGGAUACUUUUAAAAUGUUGACAUCUGAACCACUACAUUGAUGUCAUUGGACCGGACCAGCGGCUGCUCGCUUAUAGUUUCAUUUGUUUAGACGCCAAUAACGGGUCCAUGACUAUCUUCCAGAAAAGUGCAAUGAAAAAAUGCUUAAUCUUGUUACAAAUAUCACUUUGAAUUUUAAUGCUAAAGCUUGUGGUACUGGUUAUACAAGUUCUUUACUUCUUUUUGUGAAGUAUGUUAUGUUAGUGUGUUAGAAGGAGGAGUGAACCUUUUAUGCAUAGUGUAAUCUCUGUAGAUCAGGAUGCAAAUACUGGAAGUAGUGUAGUAAAUACAUAGGUAUGUCAAGCACUGCAGGUAUUUUUAUUAGCAUCUCCAAAUGACAUAUUUUUGUAAGAGUUUUUAAUUACAUAAAUUAAAAGAUCCUAACCUGAAAAGCCAAAUGGGUUUAGUUCCUUAAAAAUGUGUUGAGAACAACCAGAAAAACACAAUUUACUAAAAGAUGCUACACAGUGUUAAUCUUUGCAACUGUCCUAUUGGAGCAGGAGGAAGAGGUUAAUGUUUACUAGUAUAAAUGCUAAUUUCCUUCUAAAUUUGAAAAUAAGGGGAUAGAUACUGUUUCUUUUCCUUGGUUUUAUGUGUAGGUGUUUGUAUCUCUGCUGACUUCCUUGGUUUCCCUUGUGCAAAGUAGCACAAAGAUUGGAUUUAAACCAUGACUAUACAAUGUGGUUGCUUUGAGGAUUUGCUACUUUGAAGCAGUUGAAUUUGAAUGGUUUUCCUCAUGUUGCAUGUCUACUUAUACUGUAACUCGCUAUGAAAUGCUGGUGUAGCUUUAGAUUUUAGUCUAACUUUUUACUUGCCUCAUCAAGAAGAUUGUCUUCAUGAGGUAACAAGGUUCAUGCAGUCCCAAAGUCAGGUGGUCGUUGAAAGAUUCAAUAUUUAUUCUGAAACUCCUUAUUACACAAAAAUAAGUGUAUAGAUUUAAGUAGUCUAAUUUUUUCUCCUGUUACUUAAUACCAGCAGGUACUUUUGUAAAACAAAUGAUUUAUUAUGAAAGUGCAACUGAUGUUUAAAUGGUAUUGUUAUGCUCUCAAGAAACCUGUCUUCAGCUUUGGACUGGAUAAUCAUUUACUGAUACUUAUAUUUUCAUAUAAGUAAUUAAUUUUGAAGUACUUGAAGUUUGAGCAUGUUUGCCUCUUCAGAAGUUAUUGGCAAGGCUUCUGAAGGAGCCUUUAAAAUUUUGUCAACAAGGAAAAAUACAGAGAAAAGCUACUGUUACGGCAGAUUGCUACAUUAUCAGGCCUCUAUCAAUCAAAUGUCACUAGCAGCAGUAUCUUCCUGAGGUGAUGGAAAAGGGACUAACAGUCCCAGUGUAAAGUAACUUACUUGAAAGCAUACUGUCAACCUCUCUUCCCCCCCAAAAAAAACCCCAAAACCACGACCACCACCAGUUUCUGUUCAGUAUCUUGUGCUCUGCCUAAUCCAUUUAACUUGAAAUGUUUAUCUAAAUAUUGUCUUACUGUAAACAUUAUGAAAUAGAUUAAUCUAUACAAAAAGCUCCAUGUAUUGUAUAUCUUAUAGAUAUUAUUUUAGGUAUGCAAGUGUUUAGUUCUUGAUACAUGUGGCAUGUUUAAAUCACUUGCACUGAUAGAGCCUAAAAAUAGAUUUGUGGGAGUUGCUAUAAAAUAAUUGCCCUAAGUACUUUCUGAGGUGAUAACCAUUCUACAUUUAGUUGUGUACAUUUUAGCUUGCAUUCAUAUUACAAGGAAAAAAAAAACCCCACAACUAUUUCAUUACUAAGAUUUAAGGUGCCUUAUCUACCUUGUUAAUUGGGGCUACUCAUUUUUUUCCCUUGCAGUAAAUCACAUGCACUUUGUUAGAGGAUUUUUUUUUUAACAACAUAUUUAAUUUGAAUAGCGAUAAGACAACUUUGUGUUCUGUUUUGUGUAUGAAAGUCUUAUAACGGUGAAGCAUGUAAGAAAAGAUCAAUGAAAUUUCAAUGCCUAUUAGUUUAGCAUUUUUACAAAGAUGUGGCAUAAGACUGCUUUGCUUAGAGUUGUCUGACUCCCUGUAUCAUCACAUAUAAGCUUUCUGUUUC